UUGUUUGUUUUGAGUGCAGCGCCCCCUGAUGGUGGAAAGCAGCACAAACGUCGGGGCGCCUCCCGCAGGGAAAAAGAAACUGAAAGAACGAAUGUAGCUUCAGAGAAGUGAUCGGCAGCAGGUUACUUUCACUAUGUCGUCAGACGAGGACUUCUCUCUGGUGCCGGCCCCACCAUCCGAGGACACCUUGGAGGGGAUUAUGGCUUCAAUCAACAACUACAAGAAAAAGUAUGACCAGCUGAUGGAGGAGCACAAGGAGCUGGCUAUAAGCAGAGACGACCGGCGAGAUCUGACCACACAGUUCAGACAGCGCAUUGGCAAACUGACCCAGGAUCUGGAGCGUGACAAAGACUCCUACAACGACCAGCUUGCAUUUGAAGAGGCAAAACUGGAACAGCUAAAGGAGGAGCAGCUCAAACUGUUGGAGGAGAUCCGGAGAACCAAAAAUGCUAUUAAGGAGGAAGAGGCCAACAAGGACCACCUGAAACAGCAGGCAGAUGUGUUCAGCGCUGUACCAGAGAGGAAGGUUGUCUUCAAGGGAGUGACCGGAAAUUCAAACAACAAGCAAGAGUUUGAGAUGAAACCUCACAUCGUUUACCCGAUGGAGGGCGGAACGGCGCUGGUUACAUUCGAGGAGGAAGUCGUGGCAAAGAAGAUUUUGGAACUGAAGACGCAUAAGGUCGAUCUGGGAGGAGAGUGCAGCAUCGAAGUGGAGGCCAGGCCGGUUCAUCUGAUGCUGCCCGAACUGGUGGAGAUCAACUCUGAGGUUUGUUCUCAGCGCGUUUUGAUCUCCAACCUGCCUGUGAUGGACACUGACAUUCUGCUGGACAAGCUGCAGAUCCAUUUCUCCAGAUCUAAAAAUGGAGGUGGUGAGGUGGACGAUUGCGAAUACCUGUCUGACUCUAAGACAGUGGUCCUCACAUUUGUGGAGAAAGACAUUGCCAAACGUUUGACAGAAGAAGAGUUUCAUGACGUGAUACUCCCAAAGAAGAAGCACAAAGUCAGAGUGACUCCUUUUCUGAAUGGAAAGAUUUCUAACCUCAAGACCAAGAUGAAGGCGUGUCCUCGGACAGUAAUGCUGACAGGAAUACCCAACAUCAUGGAGCGGGAAACUCUGCAGGACCUGCUGGAAAUCCACUUCCAGAAAAACACCAAUGGUGGAGGAGAAAUCGAAGCCUUCCUCUACAACCCACUGGAUCAGCACGCCUCUGCGCUGUUUGGGGGCGUCUCACCGGACUCGGAGGAGGAGGAAGAGUAGAUUUACCACUGUUGCUUCACAAAAGGUUCAGGGUUAAUAUCAUCUACCAAAACUAGAGACAAGCUCUUGUUUUCAUCCCGUGUGUGAGGGGAAGUCAGCGUAAAAUUAUUAAAGUUCUUAUUCAGAGAUGGUUUCUGGCAUCAAUAAAGAGGGUGGUAAUUUUUCCAUGAUUGCAGUCUAGUGAGAUUAAAGAGAAGGUCUAUCUAUAAAGUAUUUAACCUGGGCUAAAUACUGUGGUAUCAUAGUGAUGCAAUAGUACCAUUGAUUAUUUUUGCACUCGUAUAAACUGAUGAAAGCAUUUCUAGUCUUACUGCAAACAAAUGUAAAGGGCCUCAUGUAACAUGUUAAACUGUGUGAAAUGAAGACACAAUUUUUAUUUCCCUCUCAAACGGGUCAAAACAUGUUUAAGAAUAGUUUGAGAUUUGAUUGAUUUCCUAGUGGUGACAAGAAGGAAGACUUCUUCCUGGUUUGAUAGUGCUGCUCAUUAAUAAAACACAGGAAGUGGUAGGAGUCAUUUAUUACAGUCUCUGAGGAAGAAAGCUGAGAAAAGUGAGUGAGCAGCACAAAAUUAUACACUGUAGAUAAAGAUGGACAUAUAGCUUUGGCCACUGCCAUGUUUGACCAUAUUUGGACAAGAGGGUGGAGUUUUUAGCUAAUGGUGGCAAGCUGCAUUCAUUUGUGGUGUAUUCAAUGCACAGCCAUUCACAUAUGUGUAAAAUAAUGCUGAGUAACAGAGGAAUAAAAUGACUCACACUUCACAGCAGGCCACUUUAUUUGUUCGAAUGUUGCCAUGUCUCUAAUUUUAAGGUGAAACUGAAUCCCAAUGGACAUUUUAAAAAUCCUGAUGAGCUUAGGUCCCUCCAUGAAAAUGGGACAUUGUGCAUCUUAAGUUAUUAGAGAAGUAUUUGGAUUUCUGUAUACACAACACUUAUUUCUCAUCCUGUAAUUGAAAUAUGAAAAAAAAAAUAAAAAUUACCUUGUAGGAUUUCA